AUGGCGGGAGCUCUGCGCCUUAGCGGUCCGCCCUUCAUGCUCGCGCUCAUUCUGGCUGUGUUCUGCCUUUCGGGAACUUCUGCAAACCGGCGCCUUCUGACGGACCGGUCGAGCGACUCGUGCGCAUGUGGCGAUCCUAUGGACCACUGCGACUUCUACAUGGACGGCUACAAGGACAAGUGUCCCGUCUUUGACAUCGGCUCAGGAACCGGUGACCAGGUGUACACCAACAUGAGCCUGUGCGACAAGUACGGCAACGCUGUCACGACGGCCAACAGCCAGUCGUGCCGUGUCAUGAGCUCCUGCUGCUCCGGGGAUUCGAGCACGAGCUGCGGCAACCAGUUCUACGCCAACCAGAACCACGUGGCGUGCAGGACCAUCCAGGGGCCGGUCCAACAGUUCCAGGGCCUGUGCAUCAAGCUGGUCCUCACUUCCGUCGAGCUCGGCCCGAACGCCUUCAACCUGAACAAGGGGGACGGCAACAAGGACUACCCCGAGAAGCGCCGCUGCGUCAUCUUCCAAACCGCCUGCGCGCCCUCCUAUUCCCCCCCAGAGUCUUACUCUCCUUCCUACUCCCCCCCAGAGUCUUACUCUCCUUCCUACUCCCCCCCAGAGUCUUACUCUCCUUAUUCCCCCCCGGAGUCUUACUGGCCUUCUUACUCACCCCCGGAGUCCUACUCUCCCCCCGAAACUUACUCUCCCCCUUAUUCGCCCCCCGAGUCUUACUCCCCUCCCUCGUACUCUUCCCCCGAAUACUACUCGCCCCCCGCAUACUAUUCUCCUCCGUCUUACUCCCCCCCCGAGUACUACUCGCCCUCUUCUUACCCCCCGCCCAGCCCUUACGGGUAUCAGCCCCCCCCUUAUUACCCCCCCAGCUACACCCCAAGCUAUACGACGCCGCCCUGCACCAUAUCCUAUUACCCCGACAGCUACGGCAACAUGCAGCCCGUCACUGUCUGUCUGGGCGGAGGCACCCAGACGAUCGGGCAAACGGUCGGCCAGGGCUACAAGAAUGACCCGUGA